AUGAGCAUGGAAGAUGAACUGAAUAGCUGUAGCAGCAGUGAUAGUGGUUCGAGCAGUGGGUGUCGAAUCAGCUGCAGUACUAGUAAUAGUGAAACGGGGCGAACCAGCAUCAGUAGUAGCAGUGGGGAGAGUACACCUGCCGCCACCAGUACCAGCAGUGACAGUGAUAAGACCAGUGAUAAUAGCAACAGUAGUUUGAGUAGUGAAAACGAUAAGGAUAACGAAAGUGAUGCGGAACGGAAAGGUUCUCCACGGUCCGGUGCACAGAAAAGUAGCACAACCACAAAAGGUGAUACGGUCCACGGGGAUCGGGCCGCCAGUGCGGUGGGCGACAUCGAUAAGGAUACUUCCCCGGGUGGCGGCGUUAGUAGACCGGCAACGACAGCCACCACCAUCGGCAAAGUUAUCGAGGGCAAUUUGGGGCCGCUGACAGCGACAGUGAAAUUUAUCAAUCCGUACAAAAACAACUGGAUCAAUGCGGACCGAUUGAACGAGCUGCGGAAAAAGGUACAGGACGCGACCAAGCACCAUCGGGUGUUUCUGCUACGUGGAUCGUUUCACACCGUCCGGCGGGCACUGGUGGAGCGUGGUUGGGUGGAAAAGUUGGACGGAUUUCGCGUGAAAGCCCAAGCGUCCACAUCCUCUUCCGGCUUCAUACUGGAGGAUCUGGUGUCCCAGCUUCCGGAGCGGAAACCGGGCGAAUCACGCAAAAAUCACAUCGCCAAAUGCGAACGCAGCAUUAUGUCACGCUUUCUCGAACACACGCCGAUCGAUUUCCUGUGGACGGCUCGCCGCGAGAAGGCGGACUGGUUGGAUUUGACGAAAAACUCCUCGCUGAUCAUUAACCGCUUCGCCAAAGCGCCGUUCACUACGAAGGAAGGCCUCUGCUCGGCGCUGCACGAUUUCCAUUGGUUCUACGAGGAGGGCAUGUCCGAGACCUACUUUCCCCGAUGCUACAACGUCUGGAAUCCGGAGGAACUGAACGAGUUCGUCGACAAUUUCCGGCUGACGGCGUCGAUGGGUCUGCUCAAGUGGCUCAUCGAACGGCAUGCGACCGAGGAAGGUCUUGAUGCCAUCAUCGCAGACGAUGGUAACGUACCGAGCACGUGCAUUACCUUUGCACUGACGCGCUGCAAGGAGUACCUCGACUAUUGCCUCCACAAUGACAUCGACAUCGAGGAGGACACCAAGGUGUGGGAUCACGAUUGGGACGUGUUUCUCACGCACCACUAUCUGCUAACGCACGAGGACAACCGGAUACAGCUGCUGAAGGAAGAGCGAGAUACGGACGCGAUCGAUAACUAUCUGGCGGAGGCGAAAUCCGUGCUGGAACAGAUCAAGAGCUACUGGCCGCAGUACGCACUGGACGGGUAUCUUAACAUUUGGAUUGUGAAGCCGGGCAAUAAGUGCCGCGGUCGAGGCAUCCAUCUGAUGAACAACAUCAAGCAAAUCAUUGCCAUGGUAAAUCCACCGAUCGUCAGCAAAACGCGAUACGUCAUACAAAAGUACAUCGAGCGUCCACUCAUUAUACACAACACAAAAUUCGACAUUCGGCAGUGGUUUAUGAUCACCAGCGUACAGCCGCUCAACAUAUGGUUCUACAAGGAAAGCUACCUACGCUUCAGCUCCCAGCAGUACAAUCUCAUGAAUUACCAUGAAUCGGUCCACCUGACGAACCACGCGAUACAGAAAAAGUACCACAACGCGGUACGGGACGAGCGGUUACCGCACGAAAACAUGUGGGACUGCCACACGUUCCAGGCGUACCUACGCCAGAUCGACAAAUACGAGAUGUGGUCCGAGCGCAUCUACCCCGGAAUGCAGAAGGCAAUCAUCGGUUCCCUGUUGGCGUGCCAGGACAACAUGGACCGGCGGCCGAACACGUUCGAGCUGUACGGUGCCGAUUUUAUGAUUACGGAAGAUUUCUAUCCCUGGCUGAUCGAGAUCAACUCGAGCCCGGAUCUAGCGCCCAGCACAAGCGUUACGGCACGGCUCUGUCCACAGUGUGUCGAGGAUACGAUCAGAGUGGUGAUCGAUCGACGGUCCGAUUCUAACGCACCCACCGGUUCGUUUGAGCUGAUCUACAAACAGGUCAUACCGAAAACGCCUGCCUACAUGGGGCUUAAUUUGCAGCUCCGGGGCCAUCGCAUCACACCCAAGAGCUCCAUCAAGAAGGACCGUAUGCGUAUGCUUCCCCUCAAACCGGUACAGAACGUGCUGCAGGUGUCCCGGUUGGCAACUUCAGCAGCGGCCGCAUCUGUUGUAAAGCAAACCGCCUCGCCGGUCAUAAUGGAUUUGAUAGAGUGUAUGCAGUUUCGGGACGGUAAACCCGACGAUGAUAUGUCACGCCACCAGCAUGGGCUGGUGCGUGGUGCAUGCGGUGUUACCUCGGCUACCCUCUAUAAGCGGUCGAACUUUUCGCACAAAAGCACCAACCUGCGGUACGACUUUGAGAAGAAAAAAUCAUACAUCAUCUCGAAAACGGGCGAACUGUUCCGGCGUAAUGGGGCCGGCGGUACCGGUACCAAAUAUCUGACCGAUGGUGAUACGUACAUUGACAGUGUGGAAGCUUGGGAACGGGCCACGACUAGCUUCUUCCAGCAUAAUUUCUCCAAUACACUCAGUUCGCUCACCGUUAGUAACGGCACUAGCAAUAGCAACGGUAGAGAACGAAUCGGGUCGGAAUUAUCGGACGAAGGACAAUCUCGCCCGGUUCCCUCGGUGCCUAGCGUAGUGGCAUCGGCCAACGGUUACUCCUCCGGUGGAACGAACAAGUGUACGAUCAAGAUAACGGAUUGCGAUGAGUGCAGCAGCCAGUCGAAUUCUGACUCGGAAAAGCGUACCGCUAGUGUGGAAAACUUGUCCACUGCAAACAACCUUCACGCACCGUCCAAUGGGUUCCCGGCCACUAUUCGCUACAGUACACGACACGCCGGUGGUGGUCGUAUGACGACCUCAAACAAUUUCUACACACUUGGAUUUAGCUUACGCACGAAACCUCCGAAAUCGGUCGGUUCGCGAACGGGCAACAACAAACUGCAUCACGCACAAUCAGCCGAGGACCUGCCAGCAUCGUUAGCCGGGGAGCGUUCGUCCGCAAUGCUGCAUCCGGGUAGCAUCGUUUCGCCAUCGUUACACCACCGUACCAGUGCGGCCGGAGUGGCGGAAUCUUCCGCCGGCGGCACAUCCGGAGCAUUCUAG